CUGCGCCGGAGCAUAAGGAGUUCUUUAUUUCCGAGUGUGCGCGCGAGACGAGCGCACGCGAGUGACCGGCCUCCUUCGCGCGACCAUAGAGUUCAUAACCUCCUUCGUUGUUCCCGAACUUUUUAGAAAAAGAAAAAAGUGCUUUCCCGCCAUGAGUUGGGACAGGGAGCGCAACCGACCGUGCGAUAAAAUAGAAAUAAAUGAAGCCGUGGGGAAGCUGCUGCAGACUUUCAACUAUGACACCAUCGUGCCGCAGCCUACGAAGGGCGGCGGCUGCAUGCGUCGCGCGCACGUGAAGCGUCCAAUGAACGCGUUCAUGGUGUUCGCGCAGGCCAUGCGCCGGCGCCUGUCGGAGCAGCGGCCCUCGCUGCACAACGCCGAACUCAGCAAGACCCUCGGCUCCAUGUGGAAAAACCUGAGCGAAGAGGAGAAGCUGCCAUUCAUCAAAGAAGCCGACAAACUGCGCACUCAGCACAAGCGAGAGUACCCCGACUACAAGUACCAACCGCGACGUCGCAAGCCGCCCCCAACCACUGCACGCCUAAAGCGGGAACCCUCACCAGACCGCUCCCAGAUAGACUUCUCUAGAAUAGAAGUCGACAGCGCGUUGCUAGCCGACGGGCCGCCGGAUGGAGCGGAAUUAGACCAGUAUUUGAAGCCGCCCAUGCCGGACUAUCACGAGCUGCAGCCGCGGUUCGCGCCCCAUCCGCACCACCCGCCCCCGCUGUACGCGCCCCUCCCCUCGCAUCUACACCCACCCUGUGAAUGGCAGCAUUACUCUGGGCACCCUUAGGUGCUAUAGGUUUUGUGAAUAGUACU